GCUGAGCAUCACAAGCGCAGCCCACCAAUCGCAGGGCCCAGGAGGUGGAGCGUGAGUGCCAGCAAAUAAUUCCUAAAUGCAUUUCCAGCCCAGUUGGUCUCGGCUGCUGGAAGAUCUGGACGCAAGGAGUGAAAGCGAGGCACGACGGAUGACAGCAAGCGCCCGGCAUCCAUCCGCUGAGCAUCCCUAUAGCCCAUCUUCCCUGGGUUGCCUUGGGCAGUUUCUGUUGCAUUUUCUCCCGGCAAAAGGAGGCAGCAUGUUUCUCCAGUCUGGAAAUGAUGGCUUCUGUUCCUCUAAGGAGGGAGUCACCUACUACCAAAACCUGUUUCCUUUGAGGAUUGACAGGGUCCCUUUUGUGCAAGAUGAAGUCAUCGGAUAUUGACCAAGACCUGUUCACGGAAAGUUACUGCAAAGUGUGCAGCGCUCAGCUAAUAUCGGAAUCUCAACGUGUGGCUCAUUAUGAGAGUCGGAAACAUGCGAGCAAAGUGCGGCUUUACUACAUGCUCCAUCCGUUAGACGGAGGCUGUCCAGCAAAGAAGCUGCGGUCAGAAAAUGGUAAUGAAGACGACCCGGUGGAUAAGAACAAAUGCUGUACACUCUGCAAUAUGUCUUUCACUUCGGCAGUUGUGGCUGAGUCACACUAUCAAGGGAAAAUCCACGCCAAAAGAUUAAAGCUGUUGCUUGGCGAGCAGCCAUCCUUAAAGACCACAGAGACCAACCUGAGCAACCUAAAGCAGCCCCAUGUGGACAACUCACCCGUGGUAUCUCCGGCCCACCAGAGAAGAGACUCCGACAGGUACUGCCAGCUUUGCGCAGCGUGGUUUAACAACCCCAUGAUGGCACAGCAACACUAUGACGGCAAAAAACACAAAAAGAACGCAGCCCGGGCCGAUUUGCUAGAGCAACUAGGGAAGACGCUGGACCUAGGAGAGUUACGAGGUAGGAGAUAUUGGCUUGAAGCGGAGCUAUACCUGCAACAUCUGCAACGUCACUCUAAACUCAAUAGAACAGUAUCACGCACAUCUGAAGGGCUCCAAACAUCAGACCAACCUGAAGAAUCAGUAGAGGAUUAAUGCCAGAACGUGGAUCUGGACUCCGGCUAUUUCUUCAACAAAGAAGGAUUCUUUGCCUAUGACUUAGGAUGCUUUCUUGGACAAUGAGCACUUCCUACGUGGCACAUUUAAUGUAUAGCUAACCUUUGCUUUGGACAAUGAAUGGAGUUUACUUUUAUUUUUAUUUCGUGGUGCGUAACACGAUACAGGUGGAUUUUUUUACCCUUGGGAGAUAGAGUCUAUAUAUUCGACAUAAAAUCGAGUAUCUUUAACAAACAAAAAACAUGUAAGAUAUAUCAGCCAUCUUUGGAGACCAUUGGAAUAAAAUAUUUUCUUUCUUUCUUUUUUCAUAUUUAUUCUUAGAUUUCUUCAGAGAGUAUAAGAUCCUAUUAAAUUAUCCAUGAUUGUGAUGUAAGUAACCAGUCUUCAGCAAGAAAUAAACAUGAUAUCUUCACCAUA